GAACGAGGCAGUCCGAGUAGUGGUGGUAAGAUGGCGGCUGCGGCAGUGGUUGAAUUUCAGAGAGCUCAGUCUCUCAUCAGCACAGAUCGGGACGCAUCUAUCGAUAUUCUACAUGCGAUAGUGAAGCGGGACGUGCAGGACAGCGAUGAGGAGGCUGUGCGGGUCAAGGAGCAGAGCAUCCUGGAACUGGGGGGACUGCUGGCCAAGACGGGGCAGGCGGCAGAGCUGGGUGGGCUGCUGAAAUAUGUCCGUCCGUUCCUCAACUCUAUCAGCAAGGCCAAGGCGGCGCGGCUGGUGCGCUCGCUGCUGGACCUCUUCCUGGACAUGGAGGCAGCCACUGGGCAGGAGGUGGAGCUCUGCCUGGAGUGUAUCGAGUGGGCCAAGUCGGAGAAGAGGACCUUCCUACGACAGGCCCUCGAGGCACGCCUGGUCUCCCUCUACUUUGACACCAAGAGGUACCAGGAGGCUCUGCUACUGGGUUCUCAGCUGCUGCAGGAGCUGAAGAAGAUGGAUGACAAGGCGUUGCUGGUGGAGGUGCAGCUCCUGGAGAGCAAGACCUACCAUGGGCUCAGCAACCUGCCCAAGGCCCGCGCCGCACUCACCUCCGCACGCACCACCGCCAACGCCAUCUACUGCCCGCCCAAGCUGCAGGCCGCCCUCGACAUGCAGUCAGGUAUCAUCCAUGCAGCGGAGGAGAAGGAUUGGAAGACUGCUUACUCAUACUUCUACGAGGCCUUCGAAGGAUACGACUCCAUCGACAGCCCACGAGCCAUCAAGGCCCUCAAAUACAUGCUGCUCUGCAAAAUCAUGCUCAACGCGCCAGAGGACGUGCAGGCGUUGAUCAGUGGGAAGCUGGCCCUGCGUUACGCUGGCAGACAGACGGACGCGCUGAAGUGUGUGGCCCUGGCCAGCAAGAACAGGUCGCUAGCGGACUUUGAGAAGGCGCUGACGGAGUAUCGGGCGGAGUUGCGUGACGACCCAAUCAUCAGCACACACCUGACCAAACUCUACGACAACCUGCUGGAACAGAACCUCAUAAGGGUCAUCGAGCCCUUCUCACGAGUACAGAUUGGACACAUCUCUGGUCUCAUUAAACUAUCCAAGGGAGACGUGGAGAGGAAGCUGUCCCAGAUGAUUCUGGACAAAAAAUUCCAUGGAAUCCUGGACCAAGGCGAGGGUGUGUUGAUCGUGUUUGACGAGCCGCCUGUCGACAAGACGUACGAGGCUGCCCUGGAGACCAUCCAGAACAUGAGCAAAGUAGUGGACUCGCUCUACAACAAAGCCAAGAAGCUAACAUAGGUCACCCUACAGAGCUGGAGUGUCUCCUGGAUCUCCAUGUGUCCACUUCUACUAAAGACUUUGGGGGGGUGGGGGCCAGCGGGAGUGGAGAUGGGGUGAGGAGAGGACAUGAGGAGGACAACUACACACAGGACGCAUUCAACCAUUUAUGACAAAAGAGAAAAAGACAACAAAAAAAACACCAUAACAAACAAGAGACUGGAGAAGAAAGCGGAGCGAACACCUCCACCUCUUUGCAAAAAAAGAAGACUGAAGCAGAUGACUACAUGUAACAAACUGACUGACAGGGCCUCCUGUCUCCAGCCUCCCUCUCUCUCCUUCUCUCUCUCUCUCUCUUCGGGGCCCUCCUGCUUUCACCUUGAAAGUUUUUAAAAGGUUGUCUCUGCAUCCCCAGCUCCCCUCCCUUAAAUGAACAGUUCUCAAUCUAACUUCCCUGCCUCUUCCCAUAAAAAUGAACAUGUUUUUUUUUUUAUUAUUGAGUUUGUAUUUGACCUUUCUUAUCUUAAUUCCCUCUUUGUUUUUUGUUCCUCCUUGUCCUUGCUGGGUUUUUUUUUUUUUUUUUUUUUUUUUUUUAAUUCCGACACCCUUCACGAGGGCUAUCAGGGAAUCCUUCUGAUGAUACGAGACAACACUUACAUUCACAACACGCACACACACACGCACACCUGUAUGAAGUGUACAUAUACAGAGCUGUCCUGGACUUGAGCAGGCAGCCCUAAUCUCCCCUGGACUGAAGGUUUGACUGUGUUGCCAAUAACAACCACACAGUUACUACACCUGUCCCGUCUAUCGAUAUGUGUCCCUGGAACCAAGUUUGCCUCCCAUCCGGACCCCCAAGUUCUCCUCGCCCCUCAUCCUCCAGCCCUCGUCCCUAGUCCAGGGGCUAUUCUAUUCCAGGGGAACGGUUUUCAUGCCCCCAACCUCCCCAUACCCCUUGUCCCCCUCUACUCCCCCCCCAAAAAAAAAUCCAGCUCCAGUUCUGGCUUCUCCCCCUUGACUGGAUGGGGUGUGGUCUUAAUGGGUGGUGUUUGUUUGUAUUUUGAGUGGGUGAGGGAUGGUGAGGUGGGUUGGGAAGGGGUAAUGAAUCAAGGAAGGAUGGGUUAGAGAUGGGCCAUGAGUGAAAUUAUUGGGCUCGUCCGUGGUGGCACAGUCUACACAGACCUGCACAGCGCACAUGUUGCGCUGUGAAAUUACAGGGCGUUUUGGUUAGACAAGUCUACCCAGAAUGCUUUGUGAUUUCAGGUGUGCAUUGAGUAGAUUUGCGCAGCAUGCGGCAUCUGAGGGGCCAUUCCUUCAUUCAUUCCUUCCUGAAUAUAAGCCCCUCCUAUCUCCGUUCUGUCCCCGCCCCCCUGUUUGUACAUAAGGUGGCCGUAAGCCUCAUUCCAUGGCUUGUAUGGCUGUCACCCUUUUUUAUAACGCUAAAAAAAAACAUAAUAAAGUCACAAUGGGAGUACC